AUGGUCGGCGUGGGUGGUCGAAGCAAAGGCUGUAAAACAUGCCGAAAACGCAGAGUCAAAUGUGACGAGGGAAAACCCACUUGUCAACGAUGUUACAAGGCGGGUAAAACUUGCGAAGGAUAUGUCCAGUUUGCGGAAUUUCACGAUGUGACAGAUAAAGUCGCCAGAAAGCGCUCUCCAAGUACCCAGGCGUCGAGCCCGGCCAGCAUCAUAUUUGUGGAUGACACGAUGAUGGCACAACAAGACUUCAUAGAGGAGCCAUUCCUGCCCUUGAGAGUUAAUCCGCCAUGGGAUGAGCAACUCGUCUUUGAGAAAAAUCUUGUCGAUAGAUUGUUCACUUGGCAUGAGAACCCACACUCACCGCACUCAGCCGGAUGGAUUAUGGCGCUUUUGGGAGUGAAAGAAGAGGACAGUGUACUGAAUUUCAGCUCAUUUCGAGCUCUAGCGACAGCUUUCUUCGGUAAAAUGAGUGGAGCGCCAAUACUCUUGGCGAAGAGUAAAAAGUAUUACUCUCGCGCUCUGGUGGUGCUGCAAACUCAGCUUCAAGACCCGAGAGGCGUCUUUGAGGACGAGGUGCUGCUUGGCAUAGUCUGCAUGUCAAUAUAUGAAUUGAUCACCUUCACAGACCCGUCGGCUUGGAUAAGUCACUAUAAUGGAAUGGCUAGAUUGACUGCUUUAAGAGGUCCGCACCGCCACCAGGUUGGAGUAGGCCAUGCUUUGCUGGGGCUGCUCAGAGCUCUCAUCACUGUCGCUUGCGUCACUCAACGAAAACGCUGUUUUCUGGAGGACCCGAGAUGGAAAACAAUCCCAUGGGAGAUUCGGGGUCUCAAUUCCAAAAUUCCGGUCGAAGAAGUCUUCGACUUUCUCGUUCAUGCUCCAGGAGUUAUCGAAGACAUGGAUCAUCUCGAUGCAUGGGAUCCAAGUGUACCAGGACGGGAGGAAUUCAAAGCAGGUCACAUUCAGCGCACGUUCGACAUGCUCGAAGCUGCUUACGCCUGGCGCUGGCGCUGGGAGCAGCGAUUCUCCGACUCCGUAUACCUUGUCCCGGUUGUCGACUUAGAUCCCGACCAAUUCUCAUAUAUUCCCUCCUGGACACCCUUUGAUCAAGUUCUAUGGUUCGAUGAGCGUCCCCGCGCCACGGAGCUUAUGAACUAUAGUGUUGCCAGAUUAAUCGCGAUGAAGGCUCUUCAGCGUGCUGGAGUAGAGAUAGCCUAUAUACAGCAACCUGACCCUAUAACUCUUCCACUUUUACCAAUGGAGGGUAAUCGACAUGAUGUUGCUGUAGAGAUCUGUCGGAUGGCACACUUUAAUAUGCAAACAUCACUACGAAGCGUCGGGGCGUUUAUGCUUCUUUUCCCGUUGAAUAUUGCGUUCUUCCACCUAGAUGGGGACAGGGAUGGCGUCAGGCCAUGGCUGUUGAAGUUGAUGGCAGCUAUGAAUUCUCGACAUGGAUUUGAGGUUGGACAAUUAAGAAAAGAACACUGGCCGGAAGCAGUUAUCAAGCAGAAACUAGCUCUAAGGACCAAGAUACCACAAGUCACGGUGUCG